UGCAAAGAAGACACAUGCGCUGUUCUUGAAGAUGAAAUAGAAAACAGAAUAGAAGAGCUAUUAAAGGACAAAGAACUUUUACAAAAAUAUGGUUCUGAGAAAUUUGACAUAACUCCACCAGAAAAGAAGAAGAAAGGAAAGAAAGAGAAAAAAGUAGAAGAGAAGAAAGAACCUGAACCAGUUCCAGAGAAGGUGAGAUAUGACAUGUAA